AUGCCGACCCCGACAACGACUACAACAAAUACAUGGAACACGCAUAACCUGGGUCUCCGCCUUGCCGCUGAUGUAGCAUCCGCCGCAUCAGCAGCUGCCCUUGUCGCUCCCGUCAUCACCGCAAUUGACAAGGCCAUCAUCGAGAAUGCGUCUGGCAGACAAACCCUCGGCCGCUCGUUGCGAGACUCGUUUGCGACACUCGCCCUCCGUCCACACCAUUUUCUCUUCUCCAAGCCUUUCGCCUUGAUCUUUGCUUUGUAUGGAGGAACGUACAUCACCGCGAACAUCCUCGACACUUCUGCAAGCACCAUGAAGGCGAAGCCUGCGUCGACUACAACGUCUGGGCCUGCCAAAUUCCUCGCAACCUCUUCUGCAAAUUUGAGCUUGUGUCUGUACAAGGAUAGCAAGUUUGCAAAGUUGUUUGGCGCUGCUACAUCGAGUCCUAGACCAAUCCCUGGACCGAGUUAUGCUCUCUUCGCCGUCAGAGAUUGCUUGACUGUUUUUGCUUCCUUCAACGUACCGCCAUUAUUAGCGCCCAUGCUGCCAAUGUCGGAGGGUAUGCAAAAGCAUGUAUCUGCGGUUUCUGCUGCCCAGUUCUUGGCUCCCGCUGCUGUGCAACUGAUCUCUACACCGUUGCAUUUGCUGGGCCUGGAUCUGUAUAACAGAGAAGGCAGUUUGGGAGCGAGAGAACGUAUGAUCAAGGUUAGAAAGGAUUGGUUGAAGAGUUCUUUUGCUAGAAUGGCUAGAAUUGUGCCUGCAUUUGGUGUGGGUGGUGUUGUCAACACUAACGUCAGAGCGAACUUGAUGAAGAAGUUGGAGUAG